GAUCCAAUUUUUUUAUUCAAGAAGACACAAACUCAGUAGAACAAUGUGAGGUCCAGGACUCCUUUCUUUUAUCCAAAAUAAGUAGUUAUUAUAAUCAAAUCAUUCUUUCCCAUUCCUCCUGAAAAAUGAAAGUCUUGCAAUUUGCAAUAUAAUAAGUGGCCCUGACCAGAGACCCCGUCACCACCUACCCCUGAGAUUAAACUUGUUGGGCUGCUAUAUAAGGGGGUGGGUGGGAAAACCCCCUCACCACCUACCCUGAGAUUAAACUUGUUGGGCUGCUAUAUAAGGGGGUGGGUGGGUGUGGAGUGGAUGAAAUGAGCAAAAUGGCAGUAGGAAAUGGAGGUGAUGUAUGGAAAGCUCAUGGUGCAAUGGUUUUGGUACAACUUUUCAAUGGUGGUUACCAUGUGAUUACUACAGUGGCUCUCAAUGUGGGCAUGAAUGAAAUUGUAUUCUGUUUGUAUAGAGACCUUCUUGCUAUAUCUAUUCUUGCCUCAAUCGCCUAUUUCCGUGAAAAGAGAUUGAGGCUUCCUCUGAAUAAACGGCUGCUACUGUCAUUCUUCAUUUUAGGAUUAACUGGUAUUUACGGUAACCAACUGUUGUUCCUUCUUGGUCUUGGCUACACAAAUCCGACUUAUGCUGCUGCGUUGCAACCUGCAAUACCAGUCUUCACGUUCAUACUUGCUGUACUUGUGGGUACAGAAACUGCGAAGCUUCUUACUGUGGAAGGCCAGGCAAAAGCUGGAGGUACCAUUGUUUGUGUUUCUGGGGCGAUUUUAAUGGCUGUAUUCCGUGGUCCAGUGGUGUUUGGAGACGGCACAUCAGCCUUAAUAGCACAAAUUGAGAUAAGUUCUAAGGGUCAACCAGAGCCUGCUGGAUUGCUAAUGUCUAGUUUUCUGGAGUUAGGACUUGAUAAUUGGCACCUCGGCGUCUUAUGCUUAAUAGGGAACUGUAUGUGCAUGGCAGCAUACUUAGCUCUUCAGGCUCCAGUUUUGGAAAAAUACCCAGCUAGCAUAUCAUUGACAGCAUAUUCUUAUUCUUUUGGCGUUCUAUUAAUGAUAGGGACAUCAUUCUUUAUGACCGAUGGAUCAACAAACUGGUAUUUGACACCAUCUGAAGUUGUUGCUGUGUUAUAUGCUGGAAUUGUUGCAUCAGCGCUGAACUACGGACUUAUGACAUGGUCCAAUAAGGUUAUUGGCCCUUCUUUAGUUGCUUUAUACAAUCCGCUUCAACCUGCUGCAUCAGCAAUUUUGUCUAGUAUUUUUCUUGGGAGCGCUAUUUAUCUGGGAAGCAUUUUGGGAGGACUUCUCAUUAUAGCUGGGCUUUAUUUAGUAACUUGGGCAUCUUACAGAGAGAUGCACGCAGCCAAGGGAACUGUUCCUCAUGCUCCUCGGAUGACGGAUCCCCUUAUUCCAUAUCAGACAGGACACAUUUCCUCUGUUCCUUCUUCCUCAAUGCCAAAGAUCAUUGAAUAGAUAUUGCUACAGAUAUCAUUUGCAUGUUCUUUUCUUCAUUAUAAUAUGUAAGUUCACUGCUAAAAAAAGAAUGACAGAUAUGUAUUGCAGUUCUAUCAAGUUUUUUUUUCCCUUCCCCAAAAGGAAAAUCUUCCUGGAGAAGUGAGGAAGUCUGCAGAAACUUUCUUCUCAUGUUCCAGUCUUGUUUCACUGCCAACAAUUUUAUUUCAUUUACUAAUGUUUACUCAAGUCACCAAAUUCUACCAAAACAUGUUUGAUUGUCACAAUAAUUUUGUGGUGAAUGAAUGCUAUACUCAGGCCAUACUUAA